AUGACUUCUUCAGAGCCUAUGGAUAUAACACAACAUGAAUUUGUCAAAGAAAAGCAUAUCAAUUUCAUUAUUGAACAAGAAUCGAAUAGAUCAUACGAGUACUGGCUCAGCGAGCACCUACGAAUGAAUGGCUUAUAUUGGGGUGUAACUGCAUUAAUCACAAUGAAAAGCCUUAACGAGAAAACACUACCGGAAAACUCAGUUGUUGAAUUUAUACUUAGUUGCUGGGAUGCGAGUUCAGGUGCAUUUGGUGCAUUUCCACAACACGAUGCACAUAUACUUUCUACAUUGUCAGCAUUGCAAAUAUUGAAGAUAUACGAUAAUGAGCUAAAACAACUCACACUGGGGCAAAAGUCGCAAUUGGUGAAAUUCAUCAAGGAUUUGCAGCAACCCAAUGGAAGUUUCCAAGGUGAUGGCUUUGGCGAAGUUGAUUCGAGAUUCACAUAUACUGCUGUUUCUGCAUUGUCAUUAUUAGGCGAAUUGACGCCUGAACUUUGCGACACCGCUGCAAAGUUCAUCAUGGACUGCUAUAAUUUCGAUGGCGGAUUCGGUCUUGUUCCCGGAUCCGAGUCGCAUGCGGCACAAGGUUUUGUAUGCGUUGGUGCUUUGGCAAUUAUGGAUAGACUCCAUUUGCUAAAAGAAGUAGAGAUCAAGGUGGCAAGCUGGCUUAGUGAAAGACAAGUUUUACCCUCUGGCGGGCUUAAUGGUAGGCCCGAGAAAUUGCCAGAUGCCUGUUAUAGUUGGUGGGCGUUAUCGACAUUAAGCAUAUUGGGUAGAAAACACUGGGUCGAUUUGACAAAAUUAGAAAAUUUCAUAUUAAGUUGUCAAGAUUUGGAGAAAGGCGGUAUAAGCGAUCGUCCUGAUAACCAAACCGAUAUAUACCAUACAUGUUUUGGAAUUUGUGGAUUGAGUUUAAUCGAUUACGAGAAAUACGGUUUUGACGAGAUUGACCCCGUUUAUUGUAUGCCUAUAAGAGUGACGAAAAAGUUUCAGAAAUGGAAAGCAAAUUGA